GAAUUACCGUUUGAAGUCAUAUUUCACCCUCACAGUUGGUUAAUUGUCAACGAACCAAACAUGAGCCGAUUACAGACAUUUUGGAGCAGAAAUCGUACGUUGGUAUAUACAGUUAGUGGAUUAAUUCUUGGAUAUUCAAUCGCGAUUUUAAUGAGCUAUCUUUUUUUUUCGAUAGAGCAAGAAAAAGGAAGAGGGAAUAUCCAGAAUUUUAAAAUAUCUCAACUUAUAAAAGAUUCAAAAGACGAGAUAUUGAAUGUUAUGAGGGACUCGAGGAACUCAACAGGCAACGAAAAGUCUAACGAUGGGACUAAGCACGGAAUCAUCGCUUUCUAUGCAAUCUCAACCAAAGAUCUCAACCUUGAGUUAAGUCAAACAAUAGUUUUUGAUCAUGUAUACACUAAUAUUGGUAAUGGUUACAAUCCGAAAACAGGAAAAUUCAUGGUGCCUUUAAAUGGAUUGUAUCGUUUCGGAAGUACAGGGAUGUCGCAAAGUAAGGAUAUAGUUCAUUUGCAAAUGAACAAAAACGGUGUUGAAGUCGCUCGUAGCACUGCACAACAAAAUUAUAAUACUGCUGACAUGGAAGCGAUUUUAGAACUAGAGAAAGGUGAUAGCAUUGAAGUGACCCGUAGAAGAAACAGCAAUAAACAGACAGAACGACUCCAUGGUAACAGACUGGCAUCAUUUACAGGCUUCCUAAUAGCAACAAUGUAAAUUGUUUAUUACGCGCAAAUAUAUUGUGACGAUUUUGACAGAUAGCAGUGUCUAAAUUUUUAUUGAUGUUUUCUACAGAGUUUUGUCUGUAUAUUUCUUCCAACUUUAGUUU